AUGACCCACGACCAGGGGCCAAGUCGUACCGGGGGAGAUCAAGACAACGCGUUGUCAGCCAACACGGCGGGUUGCCCGUGUACCGUGUUGAACCGGGGGCUCGACCUGGUGCCGUGUCGCUAUUUCAACGCAGGGGUCGCCCGUCACGAGCCGUUGUCUAGGCCUCGGUUUGAUCAUUGUUCGAGGUUUGGUCGACCAGAGCAGAGGCUUGCUUGUCGCACGCCACACGCCUUCUCCUGGCGCACACCCAGGAACAUGCAGGCGGCAACCAGCAUGAGUGGCGGUAUGCGUGCCACCAGCCGGCUGGCUAGUCGCACCGCCACCACCGAAAAACGUGGGCAGCAAUCUUCCAGCCCCUCGUGGUACCGCUUUCACGAUGACCUCAACAAGGCGCUCAACGAGCUCCAUGGCGCCUCCAACGCCACCUUUCUCGUGCUUCGUGGUUCUGAACCCAAUACCUAUCGCCUUCUCGUGCGCUUUAACAAGGCCACUGAGGAAUACUCCAUCCAAGAUCACGGUCGCGGCAAUGGCGUUCAGCUCGUUCAUUCUGAACUGCUCUUUGAUAAUCUUCGCCACCUCGUCGAUUUCUACCAGAGACCAAAGUCCAUUCAGCACCGCGAUCUCCCAUGCGUUUUGCAUAACGAUCGCGAUCUUCACUACCGGUCCAAUUCAGCUGGAGGUCCCAUGUUCGAGAAGCACGUGCAGCUGACGCCCACUCGUCGAGGCCAGCAGCAGCAGCAGCAGCAGCAGCAGCAGCAGCAGCAGCAGCAGCAGCAGCAGCAGCAUACUGCCACUCGUCAUGACGUCCCUGCCGUCACUCGUCGACAUACCUAUGCCCAAGGUUUGUUCAUCUGCUGCUGUCCAGUUCCAGUUCAGCUGGUGGAGUCGCAUGUCCGGAGCCGCAUCUCUUCUUUGGAAUCAAGACUCAAAGUUUCGCACCUCGUGCGCAUGUAUACAUGGGCUUGGUUAGGCUUGGGUGAUGAUUAUCACCAACAUCGAAACAGGCUGCAUGAAGAGUCCUACCGCAUCGAGGAAGAAGUGGUGCCCGUCCACUCACCCCGACGCAGUUAUUGGCAAGCUCCGGCACAAGUUCGGCCCAUCAUGACCGAGACAAGGUCCAACACAAGCGUACCCCCUGUGCUGCGCUCUCGCUCAGAGCCCGCCAUCAUGACCAACAGCCAUGCCUUUGCUCAGCAAACGCUGUUGACGGUGCCCGAGUCUGACGUUGCCAGCUUUGCCUCACCACAUCUGACACAGCCUACGGCUGUGCCGAUGCAGGCCAUGCCGUCUGCGGGCAUGCCACCACCCUCAGCUCAAUCUUUUGCCACGACAAGCAUGGCUUCCCAAUUCUCCCAGGCUUCCACUGGCAUGCACCAGCAACCCUCAACCCUGCCCUACCCACCACCCACCGGGUGGCUACAGCAACAGGCUUACGAGCCUGCCUGGUGGCAGCUUCAAAUGUCGCGUUUUGACGCUCAUCGCCUGUUGAAAGGCAUGCCACCUGGCAGUUGUUUGGUGCGCCGCAGCGAAAACUAUGCGGACCGUCUAGUCUUGAACUAUAUCGUGGAUGGACAGGUUUUUGAUGAAUACAUUUAUCACGUACCUACCAGCGAUGGCGCCUCAGGACUUUACUUUGAACGAUGUCCCGAGGUCAUCUUCCCAUCGGCCCUCGCAUUCAUGGAGGAGUUUUCUGGUCACAACGAGGUGUUCACGGUUCCGUUGCGGCCGCUUCCAGAGGAGACUUUUCAGAACGGCAUGUUCAUGGUGGAGUCGCCUGCAACCCCCAUGUUUGGCACGGAGGAGAACCUAGAACGCAACCGACUGGCCAAGGCCGCAAGCAGCAACCGAAGUGACGGACAACACCGCCACCGCCACUACCGCCAUCAUCGUCAUCACCAUCACCACAAUCGCGACCAUGAAGAUAAGCGCACAAGCCACGGCACUCGCCAGCACAAAUCUCGUCACCGCCACAGCCCCUCGCCCAACCUCAUUCGCCGAGAUGAGGGCACUCAGUUGCAGCCUCCCGUCGAGUCCUCGCAAUCAAACAUGGUACACAUGGACGUGGAUCAAAUGCGGCGACGACCUCGAAUGCCUCUGCCGACCGAACAAACGCAGCCGCCAGUUCGACAGCCGCAACCCGAGAUCACCGUGGAAAGCAUUGCAGGCAGUGUGAGUUCACACCCACAACCCACCGAAGUAGAACCAACUACAACGCCGAGUGCCGCAUCAGCAACAGCAACAGCCGCGGCCCCUGCCGCGGCGUCGAACCGAGGUCUGAAUCAUCAAGCCACCGUUGUUGAGGGCCCUGUCGAUGAACCCCAGUCGACAGCAACAGCCGCUGUUAGCCAUCGGUCUGGCAUUGCGGAUGCCCACGCUGUUUCUGCAGCACCCGUCUUUGCAAGCCCCCCACCAUCCGUAUCCGCUGCACCCCCGCCCACCAGCGUGAGCGCUGAGCCUGCCGCUGCCACUUCAGGCGAGUUUCAGCGCGAUGCGCAAGGGCACCCUGUACUGUCGACCUUUCCAUACCAAACCAAUACCGAUUACCGUCGGGAGGACCAGUCCUCUCUGGCUGCUCCCCGCGCCCCCGAGUCUAGCCUUGGCAGCCAGAACAACAGACAGCGCGUGCUGCGCUCAGAGUCAAACGUGAGUCAAGAAUCACACGACUUUGAGCCACACCCUUUUGGUCUGAACGAGGUUAUCCCAUUCUGGUACCGUAUGGAUUUGAAGAUGGAGGAGGCCCAUGCCGCCCUGGCAGGUGGCAAGACAGGCGACUUCUCCGUCCACCAAAGUGAUAAGGCGUCCCCCUUUGCCGCCCUUUCCUACGUGGGCAAUGACGGGCUGGUGGCCUCCAAGGACAUCUUUUUCGACUGCAAGACGGGCAAAUUCCGACUUCAGGGCCGCAAUGCUUGGUUCUCAACCGUGACCGAAGUCGUCCGCAAUGCCUCCGACCCGCACGGCAAGCGAUCCACGCGGUCAAAAACUCGCCCCGCCACCAUUCCCGAGGGACAGACCCUGCCCACGGACAAUGGCAUGCCGCCACCUCAAAAUGCAGCCACGGAAACGGCCCCUGCCGCGACUGCGCUCUAA